CAGAAUAAUAGCAAACUACAGGGGUCACUCUGAUAAUUUACCAAUCUUGCUUUCGCUGCCAAGUGUCAAAUGUUUCUGCUGAAAAAACAAGAUCGGAAACCGUACGCUCACGCCGCUCAUAAUCCCUGAAUAAAUCGCCGAUUUCCACCCAAAACCACGGCGGAGCAUUUGAGAUUUCUAGGGUUUUAGAGAGAGAGAGAUAGGGAGAGAGAGAGAGAAACCGUGAAAUGGAUGGUUCUACGGAGGAGCAAGGAGGGGCCAGCAACGGCGGGAUGUUGUACCACGAGGUACAAGAGUCGAAGCUGUGCGCGGUCCACUGCGUGAACACGGUCCUGCAGGGGCCUUUCUUCUCGGAGUUCGAUCUGGCGGCGCUGGCCUCGGAUCUGGACCGCACGGAACGGCAGAUGAUGGCCGGCUCCGUCACCGGAGACUACCUGCCGGAGGUCUCACACAACGUCUCACUCGAUGGGGACUUCAGCAUACAGGUUCUACAGAAAGCUCUAGAAGUAUGGAACUUACAGGUGAUCCCUCUGGACAGCCCGUUAGCCAGCCCGGCCCAAAUAGACCCGGAAAAGGAAAACGCCUUCAUAUGCCACCUGCACGACCAUUGGUUCUGCAUCCGCAAGGUCAACGGCGAGUGGUACAAUUUCGACAGCCUUUACCCGGCUCCCGAGCACCUCUCUCGAUUCUACCUCUCGGCUUAUCUCGACUCUCUCAAGAGCUCUGGGUGGAGUAUUUUUCUCGUCAGGGGAGAUUUUCCGAGUGACUGCCCUAUUGCGUCUAACGAGACGACUGGCGGCUAUGGCCAGUGGCUGCUGCCGGAGGAUGCCGAGAGGAUGAAUAAAUCUGGCGGUGCUGCAGCUGGCGGCAUGGCGGCGGCGGUUUCUGACGAUGACGAGGAUUUGAAAGCGGCGAUUGCUGCCAGCCUGGCGGAGAGCGGGCCGAGUGGCGGGGCCCGGCCAGGGGACGAAGGGGAGAAGGGUGAGGAGGAGAAAAGGGGAUGAGGUGUGUGUGUAUGUGCACAUUUUAUUAUUGUUAGUAUUAUUAAUGUUUUUUUUAUUGUUAUUUUUGUGGUGAAAGAAAUUGUACGGACUUUUAUUAUUACAUACCUGAGAGCUAUGAUCAUAAUGGCGUUACCAUUUUCUUUUUUCAUUUUUUAGUAUGAUAUGUUCAUGUAAUUUUUGAAUUGUGUUUAUGGGUGUGUGCGUGUAAUUGGGAAAACUGGAUAAAGAGAAUGGAAGUUUCAUUUGCUGAAUCGAGUGAAAACAGAUCAAAAUUGGAGUUGUGGACGAACGUAUCUUUUAUCCAAACAUUUUUAUGUGUAUUUG